CCACCAUCUUGACAACUGCGGAACAGGCGCCUCGACUCGGUUUGCGUCUUUUUUUUAGCCGCACACUUCCAGCGGAGUUCAGCCUGCAGUAACUUCCUGCAGUGAGUUCAGUGAAUGGACGCAGCUGUUUGCACAACUUCUAACUGAUCUCCAGUCUGCAGCUUCGAGCAGCUCUGACCAUUGCUCUGUCCGUCUGCAGCGCCGGAGUCUACCGAUGACACUGACCCCCUCCUGAAGCCUGAUCCCGGGGACGACGCGCUGCCAUGGACCGAUCUGCCACAGUGGAGCACUAUAAGGCCGCCAUGCUGCUGAGCGGCGCUGGAGACGCUCUGGGCUACAGGAGUGGGCUGUGGGAGUACAAUUCGUCUGGACCAGCGAUUCACCAGGAGCUGCAGGAGCUCGGUGGUCUGAAGAACAUCAAAGCUGAGCUCCCCGAGUGGCCGGUGAGCGACGACACGGUUCUGCAUCUGGCAACAGCUGAAGGACUGGCGACUGGAAAGGGAGGAGAGGAUCUCCUGCAUGAGGUGGCAGCUCGGUACGUGGAGGGGAUGAAGGACAUGGAGGGGAGGGCACCUGGGCCUUCCAGCAUCCGGGGAGUUUCCCAGCUGAGGCCUGGACAGGAAGGAGGCUACAGAGUGGAAUAUAACCCCGAGGGAACCGGCUGUGGAGCAGCCAUGAGGUCCAUGUGCAUCGGCCUGAGGUACCCGAAGCCUGACCAGCUGCUGUCGCUGGUGGCGGUUGCCGUGGAGACGAGUAGGAUGACCCACCCUCACCCGACUGGUUUCCUGGGAGGCGUGGCGUCGGCCCUCUUCACCUCGUACGCCGUCCAGCGCAGGCCGAUCACGACUUGGGGUCUGGGCCUGAUCAACGAGGCCUGUCCAAUAGCAAAGAGCUUCGUCCAGAGUCGAGGCCACGCAGUGGAGGAGACGGAGCGGGACUGGAGCUACUUCUGUGACAAGUGGCAGUGGUACCUGGAUCUGCGGGGCAUCUCCAACGGGGUCGGUCCUGUGAUCUGGCCCUCCUCCUACGGCCCUGCUGAGCGAGACGAAGCCUACAAGAGCUUCAGUCUGUCGGGUUGGGGGGGACGCAGCGGCCACGACGCUCCAAUGAUCGCGCUGGACGCACUGUUGGGAGCGGGUUCAGACUGGGAGGAGCUGAUGAGCAGAGGAGGUUUCCAUGGAGCUCACAGUUCAGAUGGUUCAGUUUCCCAGUGAUGUCCGUUAAAAAUGCAAGGGCAAGAAUCCACUCAGUGUCCUCAAGCAGCGAGAUGUCCUCCCCUUUGGAUUGCAUCAACUCUUUGAUUUCGGCCAGAAGUGACAAAAAACGCUGCAAAACUGUUCCCCUGCUGAUCCAUGGGGUUUCUGUGUGUAGUAACAGCUCACCAUGUUCAGCUGACAGCUCCUCCAGCAGCACCUUCAAUGUCCUGGUUGUUUGGCUUUGGAGCCAUUUAUGAUCUUCACGACACGAGUCAUCACAUGAUGAAAUCCGGCCACUUUUGUACAUACAUAUGUCCUGCUGGUGAAUGAUGCAGUGGUAAUGUAGGAAUGUUGGGAAGUCUGGAUCACCUCUGCAACGUACAAUGAAGCCUGCAUGCCGACCCGUCAUGGAGGAGCCCCAUCUGUCGUCACUAAAACAAGCUUUUCUAAUGGUACAUUUUUCUCCAUGAAGAAACCUUUUGCCGCGUAGCAGAUGCCAAAGCUGCCUUUAAGUCCCGGCUUUUCCUGUCCGUAGUGCGCAUACAGUCUCUGUGCGCUACCGGGUGGCUAGUUAGCAUGGAAGCUUUGUAGCGGCUAAAGUAGCAUCUCUCCACAUUGUGCCGCUUUGCCGACGCAAUAGUCGCCCUGCAAAUAGGACGCAUAUCUUUCACUGUCGUGAAAAAGAACUCUUCCUCCCAGUCAUCGUGAAAAUAGUGUUUUCUCUUUCACUUCUCUGUCAUGUUUUGGGGGUAAAAACCACAUCUAGCUUCCCAAAGCGUCUGUGUCCGGAAGCUUCAGCAGAGUGACGUGGUGGUUUGACAUGCGCAGUGAACUUUGACUCGGACAAGGUCAAAGUUCAUUUACACCGAAGACAUUUUUGUUUAAAAAAAAUUAUAAUAAAUAUUGUAAUUUAAAAUCUG